UCAAGUUUGUGGUUUUACAUCCUAAUACAACCAGCAAUAGCUGAUAUAGAACUAUGCGCAAGCAACACUUGUACUGAUAUGUCCCUAACUUUGUCAUGAUGGGUACAGAAAGGUAAGGAGAGAAUCGACCAAUGGAGGGGAAAGCUAUGGAUACUGAACUAUAAAUUUGACAUAUCUGGAUGGACGGAAAGAAAAACGAAUACACGGUACAAAAAGGCAAGAAGAAAAUAAUAAGAAGAAUGUAAUAGUAAAAUACAAAAGGGGAUCAAGACACAGAAGAAUGAAAGGCUGAUACAAAGUCAAAAAAGGUCAAUUAUUUUAAGAAAACAAGAGGAGAUGCAGACAAUGAACGUUGCAUUUUACAUUAACAAGGUAACAAUUAUACAUGGCAAUUCUACAAAGGAAACCCAUUACAGUUUGUAAGCAGUUUUUACCCAAGACAGCGGAUCAUCCUGUACCUCCAGCUACAAAGACGGAUACCUUCAGUGUGAAUACGUCUGGAUUCCAUCAAAUUGGAAUUGACCAUUGCAGCACCUAGGCACUGCAAAUCGAGAAAUAUUGUGAGCUUUUCUGGCUGUUUAACUUUACUAUGCUCUGUGCCCUCUACAUAAAAUGCAAAUCUGAGACACUUUUCCUAUAAGUGGGAGACCAGUGCACUCAAGGAGACAUGGAUCUUACUUGGCAAGAGAUCAUGUCUAUUACUGAGCUACAGGGGCUGGAUAUGCACCCAGAUUCUGCAUAUAAUACUGAAUAUGGAUGUCAGCCACCUACAGUGCCAUUUUUCGGAUGCAGUCUUGGAAAUAACCCAAGAGACAGUAUAGUGCCAAAUGCAAACCACGGCAUGCCAAACUUAGAUCGACUUUACCUGGACCCCAUUUCUCCUCAAGCUCAGCAAGUGCCCACUCUUUCUAUGGUUUCUGAAUAUGGCCCAACAUCCUGCACAGGAAUGUUCAUGUCAAAUGUCUCUCUAAUGGAUUGCAUAAAUCAAUAUGCUUCAAAGCUGAUGCCUACAAGUGGGGUGAGUGUCCAAGACCAUGUAGCUAUGCCAGAGGCUUGUGCAAAUGGAGUCCAUUCCAUACACCAGCCCUGUAAAGGCCAAGAUGAUUUUGAAUCAGACUCUGGCUUAUCUGUAAACUUCAGCGAUGGCGAAUCAAUUGAAAUAGAGAACAUAGAUACACAGAGGCUGCAGUCAGACUUUAUGGAAAUAAUUCCACCACAUGCCUAUCAAAACCAGUAUCAUAUGGCUACAAACCCAACACAGUCUUUUAUGGAACACAACCUGUGUGAAACCCAACCCUACAUUACAUCUCAAACUCAAGAAUUGGUCUGCAGUAAGGAUGAGCGAAGGGCAGUUGCAAUGCAAAUUCCAUUUCCAAUAGAAAGAAUCAUCAAUCUACCUGUGGAGGACUUUAAUGAACUUCUGUCACGCUACUCAUUAACAGAAUCACAGCUGGCUUUGGUCAGGGACAUUCGUAGACGUGGGAAGAAUAAAGUAGCUGCUCAAAAUUGCCGCAAGCGCAAGAUGGAGAACAUCGUUAUCUUGGAAAGGGAGAUAGAGCAGUUGAGAACAGAACGAGAAGGACUGCACAGGGAACGAGAGGAGGUAGAAAGGGUCAUGGAAGAAGUGAAGACCAAUUUGAAAGGGCUUCAGCAGGAAUUAUAUGGCAUUUUACAAAAUCAAGGCAGUCAGUUUUAUCAGGAGGAUCUUUUGUUCAAGCAGACACCAGAUGCCAGUAUUUCUUUCCCUACAAAUUAGAAAAUUGUUUUAUAAAUCAUGUAUGUUGAACUGAAUCAAAUGAUAGAAUGGCUGCUGAAAACAAAUUCUGUAGGUUACACAAGCAUUUCAGCAGGUAGUCUAUGUUAGCAAAAAAAAAAAAAAAACACUCUAUCCAUUUCCUUUUGCAUUGUGAAAAUUUAAAUGACUGUAGAUGAACUUUAGUUAUGACUGAAAUAUUGCAAAUUAUAUGCAAGCUAAACUGCCAUUGUUUUAUAUGUUUCAUUAUUUCCUUAGAAAAGUACAUUUCUAUUUUGUUUGUGUAUAAAAAUUUAACUUUCGUACCACC